AUGGCAUCAACAGACACCACUCCUUCCUCUUCCUUCGAGUUCACCGCCGGACACACCAUGGCUGCCGAGUCCGGUCAGACGACGCCCUAUAACGCGACCCCGAGUAGGGCAGUAGGCGAGCUUACUGUCGUAAAAGUUGAUCCGCAAAAACACCCAAAGAACAAGCGGAAACGAACCCAGUACGGUCCUCUCCCAGCUGGGGACAAAGCCAUAUUAGAAGCCGCGUAUCAGGAAAACCCGAAGCCUGAUAAGAUAGCGCGUCUGGAAAUAGUAAAACGCGUUUCCCUUAACGAGAAGGAGGUCCAGAUCUGGUUUCAAAACCGCCGCCAGAAUGACCGUCGAAAAUCUCGUCCCCUUACUCCUCAAGAGAUUGCUGCCCUUCGCUGUGGCGGCAUUCAGAUCAUUUCCGAACUCUCGUUGACCAAGUCUACCGUUCUCCCCGAAAACCCUUAUUCGCCUAUUCCUGGUGCUGCCGUUAUCCCCAGCAAUCAUGCCUCUCCGGUUCUAUCACAAGCCUCUGGCAGCCCUCAGCUUCAUGCACACCAAGUCGGAAGUGAUGGAAAUCAGUCUCCGCACGCAGACUCUGAGGUGAAAGGCAUGGAAAUUCCUAGGGCUCUUGACCGAACGCCACCGCCCGCGUCUGCAGAUGGCCCUCCGGCCAUUUCUCAGUCAUUCCCCGGAGCGAGUGGGUUUUUCGCCAACCGUUGGAACUCGAGCAAUUCGUUCUCGACUCCAUCAGCUCUCGCUAACUGCGCAAGCGAAGACCCGGCAAAGCUAGAUUCUCUUGCACCCUCUUCGUGCUCCUCUACGCGGUCCGACAGCAAUGUUCUACCUCGCCCCUCCCGGGUUCGUCUAUCUUUCUCUCUCGAAGGAAAGGCUGAGAUCGUUUCCAAUGAGACGAGCCCGCCACGAAUACAAGCCGAACGACCGAUGUCCGCCCUCCCUCCGUUACCUCAAGUCCGUUCCCGAAGUCUGCAACGCAGCCAUAGUGCUCUUCCCAGCGUGACCUUACCUCCCAUAUCGACCUUGACGGGCACGCUCCCGCCUCCCCGUCUCGUCCGUGGGCGGUCGCGGGAUGUUAACGCCUGGGAGCUAUGUUGUGACGAGGACGCCCCCGACGACCUCACCAAGAUGGCUGAGAAUGAAGCAAACGGCUCUGCGCUUGCGGCCAUCAGCCUUCUCCGUUCUUCUGGUUCCAUUCUUCAGCCAAGCGGCUCUAAGCGCAACGCACCUCUGUCGAGGCACUCUCAGCGCUCCCAAUUAUCUAAGAAGCCUAGGCUUAGUCGGAGCCACUCGAGCAUCUCACGUCUCUCAAGUGGCCGGCUCACGGAGAUAGGGAAAAUGAGGGAUGAAAAUGACGAAUUCCCGGAGAAGGAUGUCCCUAGCAAGAAACUAAAAGUUUCCAUGUUGGUCUCCCCUUCCGGCGAUUCGGACAAGGAAAACUGGAGCCCGGACGAGGACGGUAACCCUCGACAUCCGUUCUCUCGCGUGGUUGGCCGGCCCGUUCCCGGAGCUACCCAUCCGCACGACCCUAGUAAAGCCGACCGACAUCUGCUGGAACAACGAGCUCAAGCCUUGCUUCCGGGAUCCCGGGCUAAUACCGGCCCGCUUCAUCGGAGGGGUAUCAAGCUUGGUGACGAGGCUGUCAACAUCUUUGAAGAUGGCAACACGAGGCGAUCCCGAAUUCCCGAAGACGAAGUAGAAAGGUUCAUGCGAGGGGAUGUCAGUCCUAGCAAGAAAGGAGAUGCCGAUUGCGUCGCGGGCUUGUUGGCUCUUAGUCAGGGGAACUGGCGGUAG